CACCUCGAGGUGUCAUGCAGAAGAGACCGCAGCCGUGAAAUAAUACCAGCCUACAUGCAAAUCCGCCUCCGAAGGCGAGCGGUCGGGCCGGGCUGUCUGCGAUAGUGAUGUCGUCAUGUGCUGGAUGCCAGUGCAAGGCGUCUGACGGCAAAGCGCUCGCGCUACAGAGCCCAGCGGCGCGCGCAGAUACAGCUCACGGGCGCAGCGCGUUCAGACCAAUGGCUCACAGCGGAAACGACGCUUUAUUCCGCGGCUGGUUGAUGACUACGGCUUAAUCGCUUCGGUAAGACGCGGCUGGGGAGACAGAAACACCCCCCCCACCCCCCAAAAAAAUCUCGACAUCGCCAGCGCGACCAUGAAUCCGGCGGAGCAAACGGUUACAUGGCUCAUCACACUCGGUGUGUUGGAGUCCCCGAAAAAGACCAUUUCGGACCCCGAUGGGUUUCUGCAGUCCUCGCUGAAGGAUGGGGUUGUCUUGUGCAGGUUACUGGAGCGGCUACGUCCGGGUACCACUGAUAAAAUUUUUCAGGACCCCAAAAACGACUGCGAGUGUCUAAGCAACAUAACGGAGUUCCUUAAAGGCUGUGCGGCGUUCCGUGUCGAGCCGUUUGAGGCUGGUGACCUGCUGCAAGGUCAGAACUUCAGCAAAGUCCUCACCACGCUAGUAGCCCUCAACAAAGUGACCGCAGAUAUCGGCUUAGGCAGCGACUCCGUGUGCGCCCGCCACUCAUCUACCCACCGCAUCAAGUCCUUUGAGUCCCUGGUGUCCCAGACUUCACUGGGACGGUCAUCCAAGCUGCUCCACAACCAGUUCAGAAGCUUGGAUAUGACGGAGAACAGCACCACCCAGCUGGUGGUGAAAGCACGCUUCAACUUCCAGCAGACCAACGAGGAUGAGCUGUCCUUCGCCAAGGGCGACAUCAUCGGCGUCACCCGCAUGGAGGAGGGUGGGUGGUGGGAGGGCACUCUCGGUGGAAAGACGGGCUGGUUUCCAAGCAACUACGUCAGAGAGGUCAAAGGUUGUGACAAACAGGUCUCCCCCAAGUCUGGAACAAUGAAAAGCCCCCCUAAAGGGUUUGACACAACUGCCCUCAGCAAGACCUACUACAACCUGGUGCUACAAAACAUUUUAGAAGCAGAAACCGAGUACUCAAAGGAUCUCCAGAGUCUUCUGUCCAACUACCUGAGACCAUUGCAGAACGCUGAAAAGCUCAGCCCGGCAGAUACCGGUGUCGUGCUCGGAAACCUGGAGGAAAUCUGCACUUUCCAGCAAACCCUUGUCCAGUCACUGGAGGACUGCACCAAACUACCCGAGCUGCAGCAGAAGGUAGGGGCCUUCUUUUUGAACCUGAUGCCCAGAAUGAGAGCUCUGUACACGGCCUACUGCUCCAACCACCCCUCGGCUGUCAGCGUGCUCACCGAUCACAGUGAGGAACUCGGCGAGUUUAUGGAGGGUAGAGGGGCAAGUUCUCCUGGCAUCUUCACCCUGACCACAGGCCUUAGCAAACCGUUCAUCAGACUAGAAAAAUACCCCACCCUGCUGAAAGAGCUGGAGAGACACAUGGAGGAAGGUCACCCAGAUCGGACAGAAAUCCAGAAGUGCAUGACCGCAUUCAAGAAUCUUUCUGCGCAGUGUCGGGAGGUGCGGAAGCGCAAGGAGCUGGAGUUGCAGAUCCUGACCGAGUCCAUCCGCCUGUGGGAGGGGGAGAGCAUUAAGACCCUGGGCUCCGUGCUGUAUCUGAGCCAGGCCCUGGUUCAGCACCACGGCUGUGAGGAGAGGAAUGAACGUUACCUCUUACUUUUCCCUCACGUGUUAGUGAUCAUCUCCGCCAGCCCAAGGAUGAGUGGCUUUAUCUACCAGGCCAAGCUGCCUUUAAGUAGCAUGACGGUCACUCCAUUAGAGGACUCGGAGAACCAGAAGAAUACCUUUGAGCUCUCCGGAAGUGCGUUUGAGAGGCUACGGGUUGUGUGCUUCAGUAAGCACGACCAGCAGGACUGGCUGGAGCACCUCAACCGCCAGACCAAGCACACCUCUCUGGCUACGCCCAUCAUGAAGCCGCUUACGGUUCCCUGCCACACGCUCCCCUCUCACCCUCUUACUCCGUCCAGACACGCGGAGAGCCGUAGCCUGACUGUGGCUCCUGCCUACCACACCCUCCCUCACCCCUCCUCUCACGGAGCCCCGCACAGCACCAUGAUGUGGGGGCCCCUGGAGCCCCCCAAAACCCAGAAGCCUUGGAGCCUGAGCUGCCUGCGGCCUGCGCCCCCCCUCCGGCCCUCGGCUGCUCUCUGCUAUAAAGAGGUCAGUCUGGGCGGUUAUGCAGGGGUAUCCUUCCUCAAUCCUUCCUCAAUAUCUCUCUCUCUCACAUUGCUACAGGAUCUCAAUAAAAGCCCCAAAAGCAUGAAGAAGCUGCUACCCAAGAGAAAGCCAGAGAGGAAGCCUUCUGACGAGGAGUUUGCGUUGAGGAAGAGUACUGUAGCUCUGGAGGAGGACGCUCAGAUCCUGAAAGUGAUUGAGGCCUACUGUACAAGUGCCAAAACCAGACAGACUCUUAAUUCAAGACGAGAUGCUACAGAAGAGAAGAUGAUUGGAAAAGAGACGAGAAACAACAGACAGACCAUUAUGGAGGAAAAGAGUCUGGUUGAUGUCGUUUACGCUUUGAGACAUGAGGCCCAAGGAAUUAAGCAGGAGAAUAAGAAAAUAAUUCGAUAUCUGGAAGAGGAGCAGAGAGCUCGCAAAGAUCUGGAGAGGGUUGUAUGGAAAGUACUAAAGAAUAUGAACGACCCAUCUUGGGAUGAGACCAAUUUAUGAGGUGUGUGUGUGUGUGUAAGAGAAAGAUAGAGUGACUUGUUAAAAUUUACUUGACGCAUCCAAAUUUUUCAAAAUCUCACUAAUGAGUCAUGGGCAGUAUCUGAGAAGUGCUGCUGCUGUAGGACUCCGUUCUGCCUACUGGACUCCAACCUGCUACAGUCCCAGGAUCUGAGCGCUUUAGGGUUUACGUACGCUUUCAAACAGAGCUUUGUGAGGUUUUGAAAGAAAGCGACAGUGCCAGAAACUUUGAACUGUGACGUUGUACCAGAGUUAGACAGAGAUGACUGUGUGUUCAUACUGUCACCUGCUCAUCUAAUUUCUGAGAGACAUUUUGGUAUACGUGGGUAUUGCAUUACGUCCCAGUUCUGUUAAAAACUUUAGCAUUUUUAACCAAAAUUCCAGGUUGGAUUGUUUAUUUCAAGCUAUGAAUUAAUCAGUGAUGAGGAAUUGUAGUUAAACGUGAAGGAAAGCUUAACUGGCAAAAGGUUAAUUGAUGAUCUCGUGAUUUUAACAUUUCAGAAAUCAGAAAUAAACAAUAGCUUUAAUUGAUAGGGAAAUCAUGAACUCACAACUGACAAGACCAGGUAACUAUGGUUGCAGACAAGUUCCCUCCUGAACUGAGAUCAGUGUUCAGCUGCAGUGAUGGUAUUGUAAGGAACUUAAAGGUUCCACCCACAUUUCCCCUCAGCUCCUGCUAAUACACGUCAGUCUCAUUCUGUCCAGUAAUUGUCCAUUAUGUGCUAAUAUUGUCUUAUUAGUGAUCUGUUUUUUCCACAUAUUGCUCCACAAGGUACUAGAUGUACAGAAAUUCACACACCUAUAUUUGUAUUUCAUUCAGAAAAUAAGCUUCCUAUACUGACUCGUUCAGUUAUGUUUCAGUGCCACACACUCGAACACCUGAGCGGCAGGUUGUAUACGUCAAGUGACCAUGAGCCAUAGCUCAUCUGCCUCUUGUCUGUUUUUGCCUUCGUGCUCUUUUAACUUGCAUAUUGAAAGUGGUGACGCUUGCUCAGAAACACCUACCAAGCGUCAUGAAGAAACGCAUUGGUCUGCUUGCGUUUGUUUACUGCACAGCCUGCUGGGCCAUGCCCACUCUGUCUGAAACGGCACUUCCUCUCUGUGAGGCCACAUGUGAAACCUUUUUAUGUCCUGCUCUUUUGGCAAGAAGUCACUGGAGACUGUGAUGUACUUCAGACAACAAUAACCUCAUCAAAAUGCAUCCAAGGUAUUUAUUAAAGAUGACCCUUGACCCCUAGAUGACCACCUUUUGUUGACGCCACUGUAUAUAACCUCUGUAAAUAAAAACCUUGACUUAUUUGCUUUUA